AUGUACCGGGAGUGGUGGCUGAACCUGGUCCGCGAGGACCCGGGCCACGUCGUCGUCGAGACGGCGCUGAUCGCCUUCAUCGUCUACAUCCUGUUCUUCAAGAAGACUCUCAACCCCAAGGACCUGUCCAAGCCUAACUUGUCUAGCCGAGAGAUCGACGAGAUCAUCGACGACUGGAAGCCGGAGCCGCUGGUGCCGCCGCUCACGGAGGAGGAGACCUCCGAAGCAGAGAGCAUGCCGGUUGUCCAAGAGUUCAGCGGCCCCUACCUGCGGGUGGAAGGCAUCGAGAAGCCGCUCCUAAACAUGGCCAACUUCGACUUCCUGGGGAUGGGGCAGAGGGAGGAGCUCAAGCAGGCGGCGGUGCAGGCGUUGGACAAGUACGGGUGCGGCUCCUGCGGGCCCAGGGGAUUCUACGGGACGAUAGACGUGCACACGAAGGGGGUAGAAGAGAAUGUGCAGACGGGCAUCAACCUGUCGCGGAGCACUGUCCGGACGUUCAAGCACAACGACAUGGACGAUCUGGAACGGGUUCUCAAGGAGAUCGCGGCGGAGGACAAGAAGGUGAAGAGGAACGUGCUCGACCAGCGGCGGUUCAUCGUGGUGGAGGGGCUGUACCGGAACUACGGCGACCUGUGCCCGCUGCCCCGCCUCCUGGAGCUCAAGGUUGUGGAUCACCAGCGGCUGUCGGCGGCGGGGUACUGCUACUCAGCAGCGGCGCCCCCCUUCACCUCGGCGGCCGCGUCUGCCGCCUUGGGCAUGCUCAGGGCCGAGCCCAACUUGGUGGCGGCGCUCAGGACUAACGCCGAGUUCUUGCACGGGGCCGUGGGGGCUAUUCCCGGCCUCAAGGUGACGAGCUGCGCGCUGUCUCCGAUCGUCCACGUCGCGCUCGCGGGGGAGCAGGAGGCUGCUGCCGUCCGCUUGGUGCUGCAGGGCAUCGCCAAAAGGUGCGCGGAAGGCGGAGUAGCCCUAACGACGAGCACAUACAUCCCGUCAGAGAAGUUUCCCCCGCCACCAACAAUCCGCAUCACCACCAACGCCCUGCACACCCGAGAACAGCUGGAGCAAGCCGUGCGGGUGCUGGCGGAGGCAACUGCGGCGGCAUUGGUGCCGGUUGAGGGUUUGUAG